UUUGGAGAACUUUUCUUUUUAAUAAUGAUUAUUGCUUGAAUAUUGAGGGUGGGCGAGAACAAAAGAAAAGUUUUAAGUUAGUAAAGGGAACGCUUUCCGCUUUCUCUUCUUCAUCUCCAACCCUUUUCUUUUAACUUUUUAAAAAGGGGUUUCUUUUUUCCCCUUAACCAUAUUAGGAACCGUCUAUCCAUUCACUCCACUACUUUCUCUCUCUGUUUCUCUGCCUGCCUGCCUGCCUCUCUCUCUCUCUCUCUCUCUCUUAAAUAUGGGGGCUGCAAACUGCGAAGACGAAGACUUAGAAUUCAAGCUGAUUUUUGGAGAGGAGGAAAAAGACCCUCCAGCGAUGGGGGUCCCCUUGGAAGACUUGGAAGCAGACACUCUCCCUGGCUAUUGUUCGCUUACUCUUGGAGGCCCCCCACUUUAUGCAUCUCCUCUGGGCAUCCCAUGUCCUCUGCACCCUGGAGGGGGCCGUGCUGGCAUGCACUCUCCUCCGCCCCGUCCCGCCAACUUGGACGGUGACACCUUCGAGAGCCAGCCGGCCCGGCAGGUGCAGCUGGGAGGUUCCCGGGUGCUCGAAUGCCCCAGCAUCCAAAUCACCACCAUCUCUCCAAGUCAACGGACCGAUGAAGAUGAGUGGGACUCUUCCCCUCGGGACUAUCUCUUGCUGGAGGCCUUUGGGGGUUACCGGGAAGUGGCUCCUUCUUCCGGAUUCUUCACCCCAAGUCCUGCUAGCAGCGGAAGUGUCUCCCCGUGGAGCUUUUUUUCGGAUGACGAGGCCCCCGCUGGAGAUGACGUAGAGCACGAGCUAAAUGAGGCUGCAGCUCGUUUUGCCCUUAGCUCACCCUUGGGCUCGCCCCGAGCAUCUCCCAAGCCAUGGUCAUCUGCUGAAGAAUCCUGGCCAUCUUACAGUACCAGCUACUCCCCAAGUCGGGGAACGGAGGAUACGUGGCUGCUUCUUGGACCUCGACCGUCGUCCCCCUGCGGCAAAAGACGCUACUCCAGCUCGGAGACGCAUUCUUCUGUAUCUCCAUGCCUCUCCCGGAGGGGUAGUCUUGGUGAAGAGGCUCCAGGGGACACCUUGGAAUCGAGCAGUGAUCUGGCCCCGUUUAAUUGCCCCGCCACCCGGCUGGUGGAAAGCAUCCCUCAAAAAGCUCGCAAGACCUCGACCGAGCAGACGGUGGCCCUGACCCGUAAGGAGGAAGGGAGCUGCAAUGGAGAAGAUGUGGGUGGUGGCUCCAUGGGCAGCGGAGGACUUGGGAUCUCCCGCAAAGAAGGGAUGGAUUAUCUGGCUGUGCCAUCCCCCUUGUCCUGGUCCAAGGCUCGCCUUGGAGGCCACAGUCCUCUCUUCAGGUCUUCUGCUCUUCCGCCUCUCGACUGGCCUCUCCCCAGUCAGUACGAGCAGUAUGAACUGAAGAUCGAAGUGCAGCCUCGAACCCAUCACCGGGCCCACUAUGAGACGGAGGGCAGCAGGGGUGCCGUGAAAGCCACCCCAGGAGGACAUCCCGUGGUGAAGCUUUUAGGUUAUGAUGAAAAACCCCUGACGUUACAAAUGUUCAUUGGAACAGCAGAUGAGCGAAACCUACGUCCUCAUGCUUUCUACCAGGUGCAUCGCAUCACUGGAAAAAUGGUGGCCACCACGAGUUACGAAUCUAUCAUCAGUGGAACCAAAGUUCUUGAAAUGUCUCUGCUGCCUGAGAACAACAUGGCAGCCAACAUCGACUGUGCGGGAAUCCUAAAACUGCGUAAUUCAGACAUUGAGCUGCGCAAAGGCGAGACGGACAUUGGGCGCAAAAACACCCGGGUACGGCUGGUGUUUCGGGUUCAUGUCCCACAAGGAAACGGCAAAGUGGUUUCCAUCCAGACAGCUUCUGUGCCCAUUGAAUGUUCCCAGCGCUCAGCUCAAGAACUCCCACAAGUAGAGCAUUACAGUCUUAGCGCCUGCUCGGUGCAUGGUGGCGAAGAGAUGGUCAUUAGUGGAGCCAACUUUCUGCCAGAAUCAAAAGUUGUUUUCAUCGAACGAGGCCCUGAUGGAAAACUUCAGUGGGAAGAGGAAGCAAAUGUUAAUCGCUUGAAAAGCACAGAGGCUUUGCUGACUCUCACCGUUCCUGAAUACAGCAACAGGAGAGUUUCACGGCCUGUUCAGACUUACUUCUAUAUUUCCAAUGGGCGCCGGAAAAGAAGUCCAGCUCAAGGCUUCAAAUAUUUGCCUGUGAUCUUCAAAGAAGAGCCACAUCUGGAUUCCACGCCCCAUACAUUCCCACACAUCACUCCAAAUGUUCCCUUUUCACUACCACCAGCACACGGGGGCAUGGAUUUCUCCCCUUCCAGACCUCCCUUCUCUUACAGUCCCGAGCGCUCCCCACCUUGUUCCCCGUAUGGCUCCAACUGGAGCCCUUGCUCGUUCUCAACACCUCCCCAUUACAGCCCGGCCUUCCGCUUCCCUCCCAGUGAGACCUAUGGAGGCGUUAACCUCUCUGUACCUCGCCUUGCUCCCCCAAGCCUGCCCCACCUUCACACAUUAGAUUGCCACCCUCCACACUUCCAGCCCGCUAGUCCACAGCAUAGUCCUCAUGCACCAGGAGGGAGAGAAACCCAUAGCGGGGAGAGGUCACCAGAAUGGACAGAUCCAGACCUUGGAUCCCAGGAGUUUAACCCCAAGGAACUGGAGAAAUCGGGGUUCAGCAGUGGCUUCCGGGAAAACUUGCCUAUCCAUGGGAUCACACUGGAAGAAGUUACUGAGAUCAUUGGCAGGGACUUAAGUGACUUUCCGGAGCCAUCCUGUGAAGGAGGACAGAGCUGAAUAGUGAUCAGAAUUCUGGAGUUCAUAAAGCUUGAAGAAGACUGGAAGUCAGCCCAGAGAAAGCAUAGAUGUCCAGGACCACACAAAAAAAAAAACAGCUGGGCCAGCUUCUGAGGACUUUGACAUGGAUGAAUUUGAAUCUGUUUUCUUUUAUCUUCUACCUGUGUUUUCUUUCAGCCUUCAAUUAGGGGCCUCCUAUAACUCAACACAGAGUCCUCAUUAAAUCUUCUGUCCUCCUGCUCUUUGCAGUCAAGAGGCUUCAAAGAGCUGACAUCAUCAUCCCUCCAAGACUGGAGCACCUGUGGUCCUGAAGAAGUUGCUAAAUGACAAUUCCCACACUCUAACAUUUAUUGUGUUGGGGGACUGGAUAUCAGUUGCUUAACCAUCUUUCUCCUACUUAGUGGCUGCCCUCUAUCAGUCAAUUUAUUUAUCCGGUACUCCACGAUAAAGAGUUUGGGCAAAAGUGUGAGACUACCUAUUGAGUUACCAUGCUCUCGCCAAUGCUUAGUCCUUUAUUUAUCUGCUCCACAUUUACAUUUUGGAGAGCUGUAUGUCCUAUGAUAAUUGAUUCCAUGGACUAAUCUAUCUUAUAUGGCUAUCUAAGUAAGAACCUCAGUUUCCCAGGAUAUUAUGUGUAUACUACACAUCUCUCCAGUGGUGGGAUUCAAUCGGUGUAACAACUGCUUUGCUGAGCGCAGUGCAUUUGAAAACAACUCUAAAACUUAACUUCUGCUGCCACCCCGGUUACUAAAACAGCUGAAGCAUGGCAAUCCGCUCUCCCACACCUAUCAGCUGGGCUUCAAACAAAGGAAAUAUUUGUUUCCUUUGUUUGAAGGACAGACUAUCGCAGGGGAGUGUGGGCGGAGCCAACUGAUCGCUGGAACUAGCGGUUCGCCUGAACCGGUCCGAAACAGCUGAAUCCCACCCCUGCAUCUGUCCGGAGUUCUCUGUCAUGUCCAUCCUGUUUGUUUCUUCAAAACCAGCAAGAGGGUUGCCAUGCUCGCCUUCUAUCUAAACUACCUCUCAUCCUUUCUGUAAUGGGGAAGGCUUCAAACGUAUUCUCUGCCCAACCCCAUCCCACUGUAGAGGAAAGGUGAUGUAGGAGAUGCUUCUCAAACCAUGACGUUCAAACAGUGUUUGGUGAUCACAGACCUUGAGAAAUUUCAAGCAAACUUGGUACACAAAUACCUCUGGAUACAAAUACUGUGGGGAGUAAGACACCCCUAACACUCCUUGGGG